UUUUCCCCCAAGUCAGCCCCAGCCUCCUCCAGUGUUCCCCCAGCUGCUGCAGUCUACUGGCCGAGGGCACAGGGGAUGGGGCAGUGGGGUUCCCACAGGGCACCCACGCCUUGCUGGGACACAUCUUCUGGGGAGCAGCCCCUCAAGCUGUGAGGAAUGGGAACUGCCACUGCCAGCUGUCACCCGGCCAAGCAGCCCUCCCAGGUCGCACCCUGCUAGGGUGCAGAUCCUCCCCACUGCUGGCAGCCUUUGAAAAUACCCUGCCGGGGUUGGCAGGGAGCAGGGACAGGGAGGCACCGCCAGGCUGGCAGAGGACAAAAGCCGGCUGGAAAAUUGCUGUGUAUGGAAAAGCAGCCUGCGGAACAGGGGAAAAAAUCCUGAACCUCUGGGUGAGGCCCCAGCGAGGGACAGGGACACCGGCAGCAAAGAUCCGUUCCCUGUGGGCUGGAAAGCAGAAAGGAUGAAAGGAGCAGGUAGUCUUGCCCUAAGGCUUGGAAAACAAAUUAGCCAAAAUCGGGGCAUGGCAAGGACUUGGUCUUGACGCUCUCCUGCUUGGUCACUUCCUGCGGGCAGGAGGUUGGGGGCAAAGGAUGCUGCGCUGGAGGCAGGCAGCCCAGAGCACCGGCAAUAAAACGCGGUCUCAGAGAGCAGCUGGCAAAGGGCAAGGACCCCCAGGGGGCACGCCAAGAGCUGGCUAAGGAUGGAUACCACGGCAGAUCGGCACCAGGAUGUUCCCCAGCUCCUCAGCAACAGGAUUUUGAUGCUGGAGAUGAUGGCAGUUUCUGGGCUGAACCUUGUAACGGAGACUCCAGGAGGAGCCUGCCUGCAGGACUGCCAGAGCUGGGCGAUCUGGCCUGUUUAGCUGCCACGUGGACAACCAGCAGUGCCGGGGCGGACGAUCCCCUGAGCGGGCACAUUUGCAUUGUUUGCGGGGUGAUGUCUGUCGUGAUGGCUGCGGAGGAGGUGUGGGACAGCGAACGAGAGAUCCGCAUGUCAGACCAGAACAGCACCGAUGAUGGGGAGUCAGACCCCCAGCACAGCCUGUCUAUGGUCUUCCUCCUCGUCCUUGUGUUCUUCAUCAUGGGCCUGGUGGGUUUCCUGAUCUGCCAUGUCUUGAAGAAGAAGGGUUACCGGUGUCGGACUUUCCGGGAUGAGCUUGACCCAGAUAACAAAGACGUGCUGGCGGAGCUCCAGGCCAAUGAAGAGGAGGAGCUGAACGAGGACACUGUGGAGAAGAUUGUGAGAUGCAUCAUACAAAAUGAAGCAAAUGCAGAGGCCCUCAAGGAGAUGCUGGGGGACAAUGAAGGGGACAUCCCAGUGCCAGUGCCCAGCCUUUGUCCCCACCGUAACAGCCAGGACGGGGGCCCACCACAUCACCACACAGUGCAUCUGGGCUCCACGCAGGCCCCCUGCAUCCACUGCAGCAAGAGGAAGAGGCAUCCGCUGCAUCGACAAGGACGGUCCAAGGAUGGCAAAGGCAGAAUGCAUCCUGGAGAGACCACCGUCUUCUCAGUGGGCAGGUUUCGUGUCACACAUAUUGGGAAGAAACCCACUUUCCACGAGCAACAAGAUGGUCCCCUGCCCGACGGCAGCCGGGAGCUGAGCACGGAGGAGUUGGAGCACAGCAGCGACCGGCUCCAGCGGGAGCGGGCUCGCAAUGGGACUGUCCCCAUGGGUGGCCUGCAGAAUGGAGCCAUCCAGAAGGGUGCCCAGAGUGGCAAAGGUGGGGAGCAGAGCCGCUCCACCACCCUAGCCCUGAACACACCAGUCAGCUCCAGCACUCGCGACAGCCGACGGGGCAAGGGGUCUGGCACGGCAGGUUCGCUGCAGGAUGCUGGCACCGCUCCUGGGAGCACGAGCCGCCAGCGGAAGCUCCUGAGCCGUCAGAUGCUGGGAGGGUCGAGUCCCAGCAUCCCAGGAGACCUGUCACAGGAAGGAGCCAGCAUCUGCCUGGAGGAGACCGGACUGGGGUCAGCAGAUGAGGUGUCAGAUAUUCAUGGAAGCCUGAGUCUGCACGAACAGGCUGAUGAGUUGGGAAGAGAUGACAGCAGCAGAAAACAGCCUGGAAUGGAGGACAUGGGGCAGCAGGAGCCCAGCGCCAUGGUGCAGGACCGAGGAGCAACCGUGUGACGUGAGUGCUUGCCCCCAGUCCCUGGGGCAAUGUCCGGGGUGGGAUAGGAAGGCCCUGGCAGUGUCCCUGCCCUGGUGGGUCACAGCCUGCUGAUGGAGAGGGUGAACCCCUUCUCCAGGAGGGUCGGUUCCCAAUGCACCACAUGCUGCACGGGCAGGUCCUCUUGCCUGCAUGCCCAGCCACAGGCAGUGAUGCCAACGGGCAGCCAUGCCGGCUCCGGGCAGCCACGGACGGGGUCAGGACAGUCCAGUCGCAGCUGGCAGGGGAUGCCACAGCCAUGGGGACAAGCCCCAUCCUACCCCUCUCCCCGCAGCUCCUCUCCGCUCCCGGCUGGAGUGUGGAUGGGAGGCGUGCAGCCCCGGCCCCCACGCUGGGCUGGGGGCUCUGCUGUGGGGGGACUGCAGGGCAGCCGGCCCCGGCCCCGGGUGGGCAGCUACGCGCUUGGCAUGGCCGGAGGGACGCGCCAACGUUACAGACAACUACACUCGGCGCCAGACCUCAUCCCAUUGGCAAUAGGUACCCAACUCCCACCCACUGCACCCACCCUGGAGACCCCCCAGGGGACCCUCAGGCCUGGCAGGGGCAGGACAGCAGCCAGUCCCUGCUGCCCAUCUGGCCCCUGCAGCCCCCCAGCACUGGGGGAAGGAUGCAUCAGAGGGGGCUGCAACAAGGGCCAGGGAUGGAGGCAGUGGCUCAAGCCCCCCCAGGGUGGGGGGCAGCACCCCCCACCCACCUGGCACGUUCACUGCAGAGCAAAGCCCCCCUGGGCACCCCUGCCACGCAGAGCGGUCACAGGCACAAAUCCUGCACCGGCGAGGGACCCUGCAGGUCCCUGGGAGAUGCUGGCGGAGAGAGGAGCUUCCAGCCCUGUCCCGGCACAAGAGGGGCCAGAGCCUGGCCCUGGGGGCAGGAUCACACCCCGGCCAGGCAGCGGGCAGCCCUGGUGCCCGCGGCGAGCUUUGGUGUGUAACUGCACUGUACAUAGACGAGCUAAAACCAUUAAAGCUGCUGAACCCCUUGGCA